AUGGCUUGUGUUCUAGCGAUCCAACAUUGGAGGCCCUAUCUAUUAGGAAGGAAAUUUGUGGUGUUGACUGAUCAAAGAAGUCUUAAGGAUUUGUUACAACAAAAAAUCAUAACUGGUGAGCAACAAAAUUGGAUAGCUAAGUUGUUGGGUUUCAAUUUUGACAUACGUUAUAAGCCUGGGAAAUUGAAUCAAGGUGCAGAUGCUCUAUCACGAAUUCAAGAGGAAGGUGAAUUCAAUAAUUUUGUGUCGUAUCCAGUUUGGGAAGAGUUUCAACAGGUGCAGCAGGAGAUACAGGCUGAUGAGAAGAUUAAGAAAAUUUGGCAGGAUUUAUCAGUGGAUCCGACAACACAUCCUGAGUUCAGUAUACAACAUGGCACGUUGUUAUACAAAGGGAGGUUAGUUAUGUCAUCACAGUCCGCGUUGAUUCCGAGAAUGUUGAAGGAAUUUCAUAGUUCACCGCAGGGAGGGCAUUCAGAAGGGAGUAUUGAUAGAAACCACGUGACAGAGGAUGAGACAAAUGAGGUUAUGAUUUAUCAUCAUCCCAAUGGGCCCAAGGUAUGGAGAGUAUAUUCUAGAAGGGGCAAAAAGGGGAAAGAGCAAUAA